CACAGCUCUGUCUCAUUCCGGGGAGCGAGGAGACAAGAAAGAAGAAGGAGAACAUUGGGGGGUAACCUUUAAAGACAUAAAGUCCUUCUCUCCCUCAGGACGAUGAGGUGGUAUACGCGCCGUCGCUCUCGGAUGAUCUGUCUAUUGCUGGCCAUUGCCUCCCUCUCUCUCCAUCUCCUCCUCGCCGUCCUCUCCCUCUCCGUCGACCAGAACCUCUGUGACGCCCCCUCCCCUCGUCAGACACACCCCCACAACCUCAGAGCCCUGGUGGAUACCAACUACACCUCCACGAUGUCCGACAACCACUCCAGCUAUGCCAAGACACCCCCGGACACAAGAAAAGUGGACUCUUCCAAUAUGGACAGCAAUGGCCCUCACAAAAUGGCAGAAAUGGACGCUGUCACGACCAAAAUGGCCGUCAAGGCAGUUCAUGGACAUAAGAAGGAAGGGCCUGUAGACUCAGUCAACAUGGCGGUAAGGGUAGGAAAGUUUGGCUCGAUGGCGAUGAAGUCUAUGGGGUCCGGGAUGUCAAAAUUAGAGGCUCUUUUCAGCCACCCGCUAUACAACAUGCCAACCCCGCCCAUCCCUGAAGAUGAUUGGCUGCUGAAGGUGAAGCCCAAAGUGAAGGCGCGCGAGAGGAGCACACAGAUGUGGGUGAGUGACAGUGACAUCGGCUAUGACCCGGCCCAUUGGAACAGGAGCAGUGAGAGCCACCCC